CACUGGUGACUGUGUUCAUGUUGAUUUCAGUUGCCUGUUUGAUAAAGGUUUGCAGUUGGAGAAGCCUGAGCUGGUGCCUUUUAGGUUGACCCAGAACAUGAUUGACGGCUUGGGGAUCACUGGUUAUGAGGGUAUCUUCCUGAAGGCUUGUGAAAUCACACUUCAAGUGCUGAGAACUCACAGGGAGACUUUGAUGAGUGUUCUUGAAACGUUCAUUCAUGAUCCUCUCGUUGAGUGGACUAAAUCCCACAAAUUCAGUGGGGUAGAAGUUCAGAACCCACAUGCACAGCGAGCCAUCAGUAAUAUUCAGGCAAGGUUGCAAGGGGUCGAGGUUGGGGUUGGGGCAGCACCAUCUUUACCUUUAGGUGUAGAAGGUCAGGCUCGUCACUUAAUUGCUGAAGCAGUCUCGCACAGAAAUCUUGGCAAGAUGUAUAUAUGGUGGAUGCCAUGGUUUUGAGAGCUGCUGAGAUUUGUUAGGUACGGUAUUCUCAAUUCUGGCUCAUUGUUCAUUCUUCAACUCUUGUUGUUUCUGGUGUACAAAUUUUUGAUAGAGCUGGAACCCUAGAAAUGUAAAGAAAACGAGUUCUUUACCUACGUGUAAAGCAUUAUCAAAUAUAUAAAU